AAUACGAGAAAAGAGGGAGGGCAAGAAUCGUAAUUAAUAAGGAAGCCAAGGGGUGAAUUGAAGAGAAACCUGUCUAUAUGACGCGUAAGUGUUUCUUAAAUUCAGAGAGACAAUUAAUCAGUUUUGUGUGUUUCAGAGAAGAAAAGAAGAGGAUCUUCAAAGAGAUUUAUCAUCUCAAAAUCGUUCGCGUUGAGACGGUGAAUUUAAAUUAAAUAACAAAAAUGGGUUACUGGAAUUCGAAGGUCGUUCCAAGGUUCAAGAAGAUAUUCGAGAAGAAUAGUGCAAAGAAGGCUGCUGCUGCUGAAGCUUGCAAGACCUUUGAUGAGUCUAAGGAAACAAUCAACAAGGAAAUUGAGGAGAAAAAGACAGAACUCCAACCAAAGGUCGUGGAGACCUAUGAGGCCACGUCUGCUGAAGUCAAGGCUUUGGUGAGAGACCCUAAGGAGGCUGGUUUGAAGAAAAACUCAGCGGCUGUGCUGAAGUAUCUCGAGGCUCUUGUCGGCAUAGAAUUCCCCGGAUCAACGGCUGUGAAAGAAGCUGCCUCUAGCUUCGGAGCUGGCUAUGUCGCCGGACCAGUCACGUUCAUAUUCGAGAAGGUAUGUGUGUUCCUUCCAGAGGAGGUUAAGACACGGGAAGUACCUGUGGAGGAAGUGAAGGCCGAAGAACCGGCCAAAACUGAAGAACCGGUCAAAACCGAAGAAACAAGUGGCGAGAAGGAGAAGGAGAUUGUUGAAGAGACUAAGAAAGAAGAGACCGUUGCAACCGCGGUCGUUGAGGAGAAGAAACCUGAAGUAGAAAAGGAGGAGGAGAAGAAGCCUGUGGUCGAAGAAGUGAAAAAGGAAGAAGCUGCUCCAGCUCCAGCGGUGGUUGAAACUCCGGUUACGGCACCAGAAACAACGACACCAGCGCCAGUGGCUGAGCCACCAAAGCCUUGAUUCGUUUCAAGAUGGUAUGAUUGCCUUCUCUUGUAUGAAAACAUCUUUGUACGUAACAAAAAAAAAAAAAAAAAAAAACUGAAAGGAACCAAAAAACUUAUUUUCAUUCUUUUUAUUUUAUAUGGUUUGUCUUUGUGUGGAUAAAUCUUGUUUUGGAAGUCGUUAAUGUGUUUUUAUUUUAUUUGUAUUCAUGUGAAUUUGUAACAAAAUAUUGGUGGAUGUUUUUUGUGUAUAAUUAUUUGUAUGUUUAGACCAA